AUGGGUGACACAGGUGCCACCAUGGGUGACACAGGUGCCACCAAGGGUGACACAGGUGCCACCAAGGGUGGCACAGGUGCCACCAAGGGUGACACAGGUGCCACCAUGGGUGACACAGGUGCCACCAAGGGUGACACAGGUGCCACCAAGGGUGACACAGGUGUCACCAAGGGUGACACAGGUGCCACCAUGGGUGACACAGGUGCCACCAAGGGUGACACAGGUGCCACCAAGGGUGACACAGGUGUCACCAAGGGUGACACAGGUGUCACCAAGGGUGACACAGGUGCCACCAAGGGUGACACAGGUGCCACCAAGGGUGACACAGGUGCCACCAAGGGUGACACAGGUGUCACCAAGGGUGACACAGGUGCCACCAUGGGUGACACAGGUGCCACCUAG